AUCUCGUGCUCGCAUCAGUGGGAGAUGAAGUGUGGAGGUAACAACGGAAUCUAUAAAUAGGAAGUUUAUCCCCACGGGUCAUGGAGAAGCACGAAAAUGAGAACAACACAAAUAUUUGCUCGCGUUGCAGGAACGAAAUGGGAGACGAUGGACUGGACAUUGCGAGACACGACAACAAAAAAAAUGGGACUGAGCGUGUGAAUAAGAGCGGAUCGGAUGCGAUUGAUUGUAAUGACAGCAGAAAAAGCAAGGCAAAGCAAGGAAACGUAGAAGAAAAGGCAUAUUUGAAUUUAAUUGAACAUGUGAUUGCCCACGGCAUCAGAAAGGAGGAUAGAACCGGCACGGGCACUAUUUCACUGACAGGCCAAGUUCUACGAUUCUCCCUGGAGAAUAAUGCGUUUCCCUUACUCACGACGAAAAAAACGGCCUACGAUCUGAUUUUGAAGGAGCUUUUAUUCUUCGUAAAGGCACAAACUGACAACAAAAUAUUGACCAGCCAGAAUGUGAACAUAUGGAACGCCAAUUCAACCGAUGAGUUCUUCAAACAAUACGGUAUAAACAGACCAGCCGGUGACUUAGGACCUAUCUACGGCUUCCAGUGGCGACAUUUCGGUGCACCAUACAAAACAUCCUCCGAUAACUACGAUGGACAGGGCAUCGACCAGCUGCAAAACAUAAUUGAUGAGAUAAAACGCGACAAGAACAGUCGGCGACUUAUUGUUUCUGCAUGGAAUCCCCUUUGCAUUAAAGAAAUGGCACUUCCACCGUGCCACACUAUGUACCACAUCGUGAUUCUGAACGACAAAAUAACACUCAUAUUGUACCAGCGGUCGGGUGAUAUGGGCCUGGGAGUGCCGUUCAACAUUGCAUCGUAUUCCAUUCUGGCUGCAAUGAUCGGCUACAUGACUGGGUAUGAGCUGGGAGAGUUUGUGCACGUCAUUGGUGAUGCACAUGUCUAUUCGAACCAUGUGGAUGCGCUUAAAACGCAGCUGAAGCGAGAGCCGUACGAGUUUCCAAAGCUUUACAUUCGACCAAAGAGGAAGAUCGAGAGAAUUGAGGACUUCGAGUAUGAAGACUUUGAACUGGAGGGAUACAGACACUAUGAAAAAAUAACAAUGAAAAUGGCCGUAUAA